AUGGAACCAGCACGCCACCCUUUAGAUGACCUCGUAAACUUUGAAGAUUCAGUGAGAAUAUUAGCAGAACAUUUUGCUCAAGGAGAUAUGGUGGAUCCUUUGGACAUUCAACGAGAUGGUAAACCAAUCUAUGAACAACAAAAGAAAAGAUUGAAUGAAUAUCUCGACCAUGUAAAUGACACAGACUUGCUAGCAUUCCUAGGAAAAUAUAGAGGUCUGAAUGAGUUGCAAAGGAUGUAUACUAAAAAAGAUUGUAUCAUGAUUCUUUUCGAGCUUCACAAUUUCCACCAAUUACAUUUUCUUCCAUUCGCAAAUACUGAGGAUCUUUCUAAUAUAAUAUCCGUCCUUAAAAUGCACUGUGGUUUUUAUUUAUUAUCAAAUGGUUUAAAUUUCACAGAUUACUUUACACGUUACAUGAAUAUGAAUUUCUUCCUUCGAAUAGAACCCCCCAAAAUUGAGAUUGAAGUAAAAGCUUCUUCAGAUAUUAGAGAUCACCACAUGAAAUCUUUAGUUGGAAACUUCUUCCCAGAAUCAAAUACCUUGAUCGAUUAUGAAGUGCCUGAUAACUUCACAUUUAGAAUAUCUAUGUCAAAACUUAAAGGAUUUGAAUUGUCAUAUGAGUAUCCAUAUGACGGCGAGAAGAACCUGGAACUGGAUAUAAAGCUGUAUUUUAUUUCGAAUGUGUUAAAUCCUUUAUGUAAACUCUUGAAAGCAAGCUUGAGAGAGGUAGUCAGUUAUCAUCUGGAAAAUCAAGGAGAUCCCAUUGAUGGUACAUCAUCUGUACCAGACAUUACCAUCAUGUACGAAGUAUCAAGACUUCCAAUAGAGUUAAAAAAAUUUAGCUUUAGUCGUUACUUUGAUAAUGAACCCCAGGUUGGCGAGGAACCAGGUAUUAUAUUUAAUGAGAGCUUUAGUCAGGUCCUCCGACAUUGCAUUUCUACCAAUUCUUUUUUCGGAAUAAUGAGUAAUUAUAUCCAAAAUAUUGGAUUGGACUUUAGGGACAGUAUUCCACUGCAAGAAUUUUUCGGAUUGGAGAAAUGUAAAAUUCUAAGGAGAAUGAAUUGUCCUUUGUAUAAUCUAAAUUCAAAUUAUGAUUUGUUUAUUUUCAUUAAAACAAGCCUUGAAACUUCACAACAAUUAGGUCUGACAGAAGUACUUUAUAGAAGCAUGAAAAUACAAGGGAGUAAAAGACAAAUUGUCAUCGAUUACUUGUACACCAAUUUGACUCAGUAUCUCACAGAAUUAGCCAAUCUUGUAAACAACAACAACAACUUAUUUCAGCCAUCUCCUAUAAACUCACAAAAAGAUACAGCGAGUCUGCCAAUUCAGCCAGACCAUAAUUAUGUAGCUAAUCAACUUGAAAACGAAGUUUAUGGAUUGAAUGCUGUUGAAGGCAAAAAUCUAAUCAAAAUGGCUCAUGAAGUAGGUAACAUUGAUAUAUUGAAUGCAGAUAAUCAAGGAUUUGAAUGGGACAGCAUAAUAUCCGGGCAAAAGUUUUCUUCCCGUAAUUCAAUCGUUCUUAAGGUAAGAACAGAUACCAAUGAUAAUACAGUCAAAGUAUUUGAUCCAGUGAGGACCGUAGCCCUUACUAUAAGUAACGGCCAGGCAGGUAAAAGUAUGUAUCUCUGUUUGAAAAAUUUCGUAAAAGAAAUUUUUUCUAUAUACCAACUUAGAGAAUUUGAUUUCGUGCCUAGGCUUUUGCAAGUAGGUGUCACUGUUGGACCAGAUGCUAAAUAUGUCUAUGAAUUAACAAUUGCUAAUUCCCAGUCCAUUUGUGGACUAUUCUAUCGGUAUGAGUAUAUCACUGGAAAACUCCUUGGUGAACUUAAUUUAGAAGAGUUGGAGACAAUAGAGCCAGUCAUUAGGGAAAAUGUCAAACGAAUGCACAGUAAAGACAUAGUUCAUUUGGAUUUAAAUGACGACAAUAUCAUCGUAGAAGAUGUGGAAGCCGGAAGAGUCAAAUUUAUCGACUUUGGGCAUUCCUACAUGGAGUGGCAAAGGGAAUAUUAUUGGCCCGAAAAAAGAACAACAGCCAAAAGAAAUAAACUGCCCCGUACAUUGAUCGCAAUGAAAAGGAUUGAUGAAAACACGAUAGAUAAACUCUUUACACGACACUAUUCAAGAUUAAAACCUAAGAGAGUGAGUAAGCGAACGAAUAAGUUGCUUCUGUUGGAUUAG